AUGCCAAAGCUGUGGCAGUUUGAUGACUAUGACGACUGUCUUCAAUCCUCGGGUCCGGAUGAACCGGCCAGUGUGUACUGCACCAGUACGGUCGUACUGAAACCGGACAAUCGUUCCGAGCUUUGGAAGUUGAUCGAGGAUUUUUCCAGCGAUUACAAGCGCCAUUUCAAUCAUCAGGUCGUGAGAAGGGGCACGUGCAUAAAAAAGUGUCAAAAAACGAUCGAAAAACUAUCGCCAGAGGCGAGGAGAGCGCUAACGGUGGAAAAGUUCCCGAUUGAAGUUAGGUACAAAUUCGAUGAUGGUAUUUUGGAAAAUGUGGAUAUCGAUCGUGAAGUGUAUGCGGAUGUGGUGGAUAUUUGUAUCAACAGUGAGCUGAAUGAGACGUACGGUUUGCUGGCCUACACCGAGAUACUGUCGUGCGAUAAAUCUUCCGAUGAGAUUGUUAUAGAUGCACUUGAUAUGUCGUUCUUGAUUAUUCUCUGUCUGCUCGUCAGCUGUGUGAUCCUUUCGUCUUGGUACGAUAGCUCCGUCAACUACAAACUAACCGCGGAACACUACAAACAAGCGCUCGACAGUAAACGUAAAAUGGUAUGGGUGUCAUUUUCUAUACAGCGGAACUGGUACCGACUAACGUCACGCUCCCGAGAUGAAAUGGAUCAAAAGCUGCGCUUCUUUCAGGCGUUCCGAUUUCUCACGAUGUCACUCGUCAUCUUUGGCCAUGCCGCCUUACUGCUUGCCGUCUCACCGACCACCCAUUCGGAGAAGCUGGAGCUACUGAUGCACAACGUCGGUAGCAUGAUUCUCACGAACGGUGUGCAGAUCACGCAAACGUUUCUCGCGAUCAGUGGAACGCUGCUGGCGAUACAGGUUAUGAGUUUGGCUGAAAAACGAAAGCGUAGCGUUAGCUUCCUUUACGUCCCGGUGGCAAUUCUUUAUCGAUACAUACGAUUAACUCCAGUGUACGCGUUGGUGAUCUUACUUCAUGCCACGUGGUUGCUCAAGCUGCAAACGGGUCCAUUGUGGCGUUGGGGUGCUGAAACGGAACAGACAUUCUGUCGGCGUAAUUGGUGGACGAACUUGCUGUACAUCAACAACUACGUGCAUCCUGACGAGCCGUGUGUCCAGCAAGGAUGGUAUCUUGGUGCGGAAUUUCAAGUGUUCAUCAUUGCGCUGAUCGUGUUGAUUACGAUCGUCAACUAUCCUCGUGCAAAGAUCCUUAUUAUGUCGGUAGUGCUCGUUUUGGCGUACGUCGUGCCAGCAUUUUUCAUCUACUUCCAAAAGCUGGAGGGAGUGUUUGUAGUUACACUCGAAGCUCAACGAUACAUCCUUUGGUACGACAAGUUUUACCUACAAGCGUACAUUCCAACGCACAUUAACUUUGGCAACUAUAUGCUGGGCGUACUGACCGGUAUUAUCUACACGGAGCUUCGCAAACGUUCGAUCAAUCUCGCCGAAAGUAGAACGUUCCGUGCCGUGUGGUACGCAACGAUUAUUGUCGUUCCACUGUCCAUGCUACCGGCGUACAUAUUCUACGUGAAUGAUUUCGAAACGCCCUCCGUUUGGAUGGCGGUUUAUUUUGUCAUCUCGAAGAACCUUUUCGGCAUCGGUGCUGGAAUCGUUAUUAUUGGCUCAAUCUACGGUGUUAACGGUGCACUGCAGCGAAUAUUGAACUAUCCGUUUUUCGAACCGUUGGGCCGGUUAGCGUACGGUGCCUACCUGAUUCAUCCGUUCGUGAUGCGCUACAUGUUCAUCAGCGCGCGGGGACCGGUUUACUAUAGCGAUACACUCACGCUUUCCUUGGUGCUUGGAGCGACGGUAAUGUCCUGUUUGAUGUCAUUGCUGAUGUGUUUACUGCUGGAGCUACCUACAUCUGCGUUACAGAAUGUUCUAUUUGGUAGUUUUAAAGGUAGGAAAAACAUAUUUUCAAUAAAUGAUGCUUUUAAGGAGAUAAACUUGGAUGAAUAUUAUCGCAUGCCAAAGAUUUACGACUAUGAUGACUACGAUCGGUGUGUAGCGCAGGCACCGCAAGUUCCGGCAGAGGACGCCGUUUACUGUGUCGCGCGAACGAUCAUCAAACCGGAUCAAGAGUCGAGCCUGUGGCGACUCAUCGAGAACUUUACCAACGACACCAAGCGGCACUUUCGUCACGAUCAUCUGGAUCGUGGCUUUUGCAUUGAGCGGUGCCGUCAGCUCGUACAGUCGCUUGAUGUACACGCGGCAGAUGAACUGUUUGUGGAAAAGUUUGAAAUUUCCUUUCCGUACAUCAUCCAUUCGGAUGCCUUCAACAACGUAAGCGAUGAUCGUGCACGGUACGGACGGCUGAUUAAUAUCUGCCAGAAUCACGCCCUCCGCCACCAGUAUAAUCUCUCAGGCUACACCGAAAUUGAGUACUGCACUGGACCGAAACGAAGCACACCGAUUGAUGGACUAGAUAUCAGCUUUCUAGUCAUCACGGGCUUGAUCUUGCUACUGGUAAUCAGCUCCACUUGGUACGAUCACUACACCAGGAAGCAGCUAGAUAACGAGCAUUACAAAAAAGAUCUACCUUGCCGAAAAACGAUGGUACUGACGUCGUUCUCGCUCGUACGCAACUGGUACCGAUUGGUGUCCCGGUCCAAGGAUCAGCUGAAUGAAGAUCUUAAGUUUUUCCAAGCCAUUCGAUUCUUCACCUUAUGUCUGGUGGUUGUCGGACACUGUGGUGAUCUGUUCACGGCGACAUCGUUUGCAAAUACGCAGGACCGUGAAGCGGAGUACUACAACCCGCUCGGACACAUGCUGAUAAAUGGUUCCAUCAUCGUGCAGUCGUUUUUCGAGAUGAGUGGAUUCCUGCUCAGUAUACACUUCUGUACCACGCAGGCCAAGUUGAAGCGCAUUAGCUGGGCUGCUAUACUAGUAACGGUUGGCUACAGAUACAUCCGUCUUACGCCAGCAUACGCGUUCAUCCUACUGCUACAUGCAACCUGGUUGCCCAAGCUACAGGACGGUCCGCUGUGGCCUCGUGGCGCGGAAGUCGAGCGUAACCUGUGCCGACGAAACUGGUGGACGAAUUUGUUGUACGUGAACAACUACGUUAAUGCGGACGAACCGUGCCUUCAACAAGCUUGGUAUCUGGCCUGUGAUUAUCAACUGUUUACUGUGGGACUUAUUAUUCUUGUGGCAGUAACAAAAUAUAAAAAGUACGUUGUGCACAUCUUUAGUGCUUCCGGUGUACUAGCCAUCCUGAUACCGGCACUUGUCGUUUACUUUAACCACUUUGAUGGAGUUUUUCUAGUAACCUUACAAGCCGAACGAUUCAUUUACUGGUUCGACGAGAUGUAUCACAAGAUCUACAUUCCAUUCCAUACGAACAUUGGCUGCUAUAUCGGUGGAGUAGUUUAUGGUUAUUUGUACUACCGUGUGCGUACAUCCGACAACAAGGGCAACAGAUCGGGCUUCCUUAAGUUCCUAUGGUACAUGACAGUGCCGUGCGGAGCGUUGACGCUUAUGUUGAGCAUGAUCUUCUAUUCGUACAAUUUCGAAAAACCUUCGCUGUGGAUAUCGCUGUUCUUCCCGCUUCACAAAAAUGCCUGGGCACUGUUCGGUGCCAUAGUCCUGUACGGCAUCAUUUACAACUACAAUCGCUUCAUAAAGAGUGUCGUCAAUUUCCCACUCUUUGUACCUUUGGGACGACUUACCUACUGUGCGUACAUCAGUCACGUGUUCUUCCUGAAGAAUUUCUUCUACGGAGCUCGUGACAUUCCGUACUUCAGUAACGUAUCGAUGUAUACAAAAGUUAUUUCGGUGAUAGUGGCAUCGUACAUCUUGGGUGCCAUAGUUGCUCUCACACUGGAAUUUCCUAUUUCCGCCCUGCAGAAGCAUUUGCUUUCAAAGCAGCUAGAGAAAAUAUCGAAACCCGAACCACCGAGAGAGAACAACAACGAACUUAGCCCACCGUCUGCUUAA